UACUAACAAAAUCUUUUAGAACAAUAAUGAAAUUGAUUUUUUUGACAUUAUUUAUCACAAUUACAAUAGUAAAUAUUGUUAAUUGUCAUGAAGGAUCAAUUGAAAGUAAUGAUCCAUUAAGUAUUCAAGAAACAAAACAGGAUAAUCUUCAACUAACUAUAGAUUCCAAAAAUGUUCUUCUAACACGUUUAACACGUUCACAUCAUGGUAAAGGAGGAGGUUAUUCUUCAUGUAGUACUUGCGGAGGUCAAGUUUAUAAGCCUCAAGUACAGCAAGGAGGAGGGUGUACUACCUGUGGAGGAGGAGGUGGAGGUAGCGGAAGCUUUUCACAAUCUUCAUCUCAAUCAUCCUCUGGAUCAUUUUCAGGAGGAAAUGGUAAAAAGAAAUAA